UAGUGUGUGAGCGGUGUUUGUGCACUAAUCAACCGGCCGAUGUCAACUCAUUCAACCGUGACAACACACAACCAAACACCAAAAUGGCCGUCUCCAGUGGCGAAGAUGGAGUGCACUUCCUGCACAAUAAUAACAUUGGAGUUGGGGACUCGUCGUCAAAUGCCAGCAGUAGCAGUUUCAGUGAAUGUGCCCAAGAAGAACGAUACAGCCAUGUGAAAGUUUUAGGCAAAGGAGCUUUUGGAGAAGCGGUGUUGUACAGCAAAACGGAGGAUAAUUCUUUGGUUGUGUGGAAAGAGAUCAACUUGUCUCGGGCCAAUGAGAAGACUCGCUUGAAUGCACAGAAUGAGAUUGAUAUUCUAGCCAUGCUUAACCAUGCCAAUAUCAUCACCUACUACAACCACUUUGUGGAUGAGAGUGCCUUAUUCAUUGAGAUGGAAUAUGCAAAUGACGGAACCUUGUAUGAGAAGAUUGUUCACCAGAGUGACCUGUUUGAUGAAAAGGAUGUCGUUUGGUAUCUUUUUCAAAUUUUAUCUGCAAUAGAUCACAUCCACGGCAUUGGGAUACUACACAGAGACAUUAAGACAUUGAACAUCUUCUUGACCAAGCAAAGCCUGAUAAAGUUGGGUGACUUUGGGAUCUCUAAAGUGUUGAAAGAUACUGACAUGGCUGAGACAGUUGUUGGUACACCAUAUUACAUGUCCCCUGAGCUGAUGCGAGGCCAACAGUACAACACUAAAAGUGACAUGUGGGCAAUAGGCUGUGUGUUAUACGAAUUACUGACUUUGAAACGCAGCUUCGAUGCAUCGAAUCCACUGAAGUUGGUUUGGGGAAUCGUUCAGAAAGAAAUAGACAAAGAGACUAUUGAUCCGAUCUACUCAGCUGAAAUAAAAUCUUUAGUUUGUGAGUUUUUGUCAAAGGACCCAGAGAAACGGCCAUCAGCCAGUCAGGUUUUGAACUACCCCUUCAUGGCAGUUGUUAAAGAAGCUAUGGAGAAGAGAGUGUGGGCUUUGAAUGCCUCCACAAGGAAAGCCAGGAUGGCAAGUAGUACAGCUACAGAGAUUAUAGUGCCUGUCGUUACAUCCAAGACUAGUGAGGUGUACUACUGGGGAGGUGGCCGGUUGACACCCUCCAAGCUUGUAGAAUUCAAACAUGGAACUAGUGCCUUACAAGUUGCAGCAGGCAACCAACAUUUUGCUGCAGUCACCGUGGAAAAGGAGCUCUACACUUGGGCUAAUGUGCAAGGAGGGCAGGCAUUGGCUGGCCAGCUUGGUCAUGGAGACAACGCCCUCUACAAGAACCCUAAGAAAGUAGAACGUUUACAGAAUGUCAAGGCAGUGUCAUGCGGGGAAGAAUUCACAGCGUGCAUCACAGAUGAUGGUGACAUGUACACGUUUGGUUCUGACUAUUACGGCUGCCUAGGCUGUGAUAAUGAGGAGGGAGAUGAGGUAAACACGCCCAUCCUGGUAGAGUUCUUCACUGGUCGACCAGUAGAGCAAGUAUCAUGUGGAGAAUCCCACAUUGUAGCGCUGACCAAAGACAACGAGGUGUAUUCCUGGGGAUGUGGAGAAUUUGGUCGUCUUGGGCUUGGAGGUGAGGACGAUUACAGCCUACCACAAAAAGUUAAAAUUUGUGGUAGUAAAACAAUCCGAUCAGUGUGUGCCGGAAUCGACGGCACAUUCUUUGUCACAUCAGAUGGCAAGGUGUUAGCUUGCGGCAGUAAUGAGAAUAACAAACUGGGCUUUAACACCGUCACCAAAGGACUCAAAAAACGACAAGUCAAGGAGAUUUAUGACAUACCAUGGAAGGACAUUCCAGUAAUAGUUAAACCACUCAAUAGAUAUCACAUCAUAGCAGCGUCUACUGGCAAGGAUCAUUCAGCCGUCAUAGAUGAUACUGGGAGGUUAAUUACCUUCGGUGAUAACACGCAUGGUCAGCUGGGUGUAGGAGACUGUAAACCAAGGUCAGGGGUCAAUGUCAUAGCUGGACUGCUCAGUAGUAAACAGGUUCUUCGCGCUGCAUGCGGGGAUGGAUUUACUGUCAUCGCAACCAAGGAUAAUGAAAUCUUCUCCUUUGGGAAUGUGGACAGUGGAAGGCUUGGCAUCCCAGUUGACCCAGUCCUUACCCACCGCAAGAAGAUGUCUGUACCAACGCCAAAACCAAUGUUUGGUUCUCUCCACUUUGUGUCCGAUGUGUCGUGUAGACACUGGCAUUGUAUUGUAAAUGUUGAAAAAGUCCUGAAAUCUAAAACAAUUCGUUCACCACACCAAGACAGCUUCAUUUUAAGUAGAGAUUCCCGGAUAUCGGAUACGAGUCAGGACGACAGCGUCUUCACUAAUGCCAGCUACAACACCACAGAUAACGCUGCCAGUGAGGCUGCUUCAACUUGCAAUGAUGAGGAGCAAGAUGGACUGAGUGUGACCGACUCUGGUUGUGAUACAAACUCUGGAAAUAAAGACAAUAGUAUGCCUCCAUGGCUAGUAGCGGAGUUGGAAGAUGCUGAGUUUAUUCCCAUGGAGAGCAGAGAGCCCCCAACUCCUCAAAUUCUAGCCCCUCAUCCUCAAAACAUUCCUCAUGUGGACCACCCAGACCUCGUCUCCUCGAGCCUCUCAGCUUCCCAGAGCCAGAAAUCUCUCAACGCUAGUUCCAUAUCCAUCGGGUUGCCCAGUAGCAGCAGUCACCCUCCUCACCAUGGCCUUCCCCCAUCGGUGCCUCCACUGUGUCUGGAUGGUCUGUCUGGGUCUGGGGACUCGGUGAGGCUUCAAAUGAUCCAAAACAGAGUGAGGGAUGAGGAGAUUGAGGCUCUGAAUGAGAGACUUAUAUACCUGGAGGCUGAGAACAAGAGGUUACAUCAAAAGGUAGCCAACCAAGACAGCAAGAUUGACCAGUUGGAAAGAAAGAUCACCCCAAUACUUCGUAGAGACAAGAAGAUGUGGCAAUCUAUAGACACAUGGGAGAAGGAAUGUCAAGUUGCUAAUAGCAACCGCGCAAUCGUCCAAUCAACACCAGCCUUGCAGAAGGUCCGACGGAAACCAUCCCGUACAUCAAGUCUAAUUCUUUACCCUAGCCAGAAGCACCGACCGACGUAUGACUACGAGUCUAUAGUCAAUAAAAUGCUGGGGAAGAAACACGCAGUCAAACCCAAGUCAACCCCAAGUCUAAACCGUACAUCAAGUCUUGUUGUUUACCCAAGCCAAAAGCAACGACCGACGUACGAUUACGAGUCUAUAGUCAAUAAAAUGCUGGGGAAAAAACACACAGUCAAACCCAAGUCUAAACCAGAAAAACACGCAGUCAAACCCAAGUCUAAACCGGAUCGGGUUAAGUGUUCCGACCAGUUUGCGCAGACGGACCAGGCGGUUGAAGAGCCUACUAAGAAAUACAUGAAUCAAUUCAUACAGACAGACCAUUCUGAUCUGGAGGUGAACCCGGGCCCAGAAACACACCGACCCAGGCACAGCUAUAGGAUCUUCCUACCUGCUUCCAGCAGAAGAGUCAAAUAUAGAAAUAGAUACAUUAAUAUUGACAAUCCCCUGGGUGGUGCAAAGGGAAGCAGCGUCACUGCAUUGUCUGGUGAGACUGGAAGUGGUGAAGCAUCACAGGGUGAUCAAUCUGUCCCGACACACGGGUUAGAUGCCAUAUACAAUGAAACAUAUCCCACCACACCCCUUGACAUACCCCACGACAUACCCCACGACAUACCCCACGAAAUACCCCACGACAAACCCCACGACACACCCCACGACACACCCCACGACACACCCCACGACACACCCCAUGAUACAGUGGACUCUACAGACGAAAGGAGUGGUCCAUCUCAUAUGCUGGAAAAACAAACCACCACUGAACCCACCGCGUCUCAGUACAGAAAGAAAAUGCCAAAGUUCCUGCAGCACAAACGCAAAUAUGAUGUGAGAGUCACAGAUUCAAACUUGAACAUUAAGACGACUGGAAGGUACCGCUGUAAAAGUGACCCCUUAGUUCAGUCAGCAUCUUAUGAAAUAUGAAUUUAAAAAAAAAAAAAAAAAAAAAAAAAACAUUUAUCCCCUGUUUAUUUUUAUGAAAAUAAAUUGUAUACAUUAACUUAUUAUUAUGAUUUUAUUAAAUUAAUAGAGACCUGGCAAAGGCUCUGUCUCAUCCAUGUAUAUCUGCACUCCAAAUUGACCCAGAAUCUGGUUAGAAUUGACCAAGUUCCGGGUCCCUGGGGUAUGACCAAUUUAUUGGUCCGGCUGACUAGGAAACUGGUUCAAAAUUGAAUUAUUUUUAGCUUGGAUUAUUUGUCACUUUGACCAAUUUAUGGCUCAUUUUGACACAGAUUCCAAGGGUCGAUUUCACAAAGAGUUAGGAAUAGUACUCACUUAGGACUAGUCCUAGGAGAUAUAAAAAACUUCAGGCUGGUCCUAAGUUAGGACUAUGUGGUCGUAAGUUGGAGGAGUGACUCGUCCUAACUUGAGAUAAGAGUAGUCUUGACUCUUUGUGAAAUCCACCCCUGGACACACUGACCCAGAAAAGGGUCUGGCCCCCUGGGACCUGAAACCAGGUCAAUUUUGACCCGAUAGUUCAUAGAGUUUGGUUUAAUAUCAGUGAAUGCGCUGCAGAGAAUGAAAUAAUAGUCUGUGGUUCGUAUUGGUCAGCCCUGGUGGGACUUAUAUUAAAUUCUUUUUUGGUUUUUAACCAUAUACACCGAUGUGUGUAGCAUUGUAUACUUAGUACUUUCCC